AUGUCGGCAGACGAAAUAACAGACGCUGCCUCUUCGGCCGACGAUGACUACAUCGAGAUUGUCGUCACCCAUGGCAAGAAGUCGUACACGUUCCACAUGCCGUCCCAGGCCACCGUCGAAGACAUAGUGCUCCUUUGCGAGAUCGAGCUGCAGGGCCAGGCGGCGGACGGCGAGCCAGCCACGCACUACACCGUCACAAGACUGAUUGCACCGCCGCCCGUCGGCUUGAUCAAUGUGAUAAAGGACGGAAACAAUGUCCUGGCCGACUACAUUGCUCGCCUCGCGGCUGCGCGAAGACGGUCGACCAAAAAACAGCAGCAGCAGCAACCGCCCAACCAGCUCAAACUCACCCUCUUGGCGACGCCGUCCAGCGCCAUCCGGAACGUGCGUGAGGCCAGUGAAGAGGCCAGCCGGCGCAUCUCCCGCAUGUCCCUACUGCGACAGCGUGCUGUUCCCGCGAGGCAGACUGCACGACAGGGCGUGCACACCGUCUCCGGCGCCAGCUCCUACACGUUUUCCGACAUCAAGCCGCUGCCCCACCUGCCCGACCCGGACCGCUCGCUUGCCUACCUCCGUCGCCUGCGCGACGACCCAGGCAUCCGCCAUGUCAUGCAGACGCACCAGUUCCGCGUCGGCCUGCUGACGGAGAUGGAUCCCCGCCUCUACACCGAGGCGAACCACGAGGGCACGUCGCGCACGCUGGGCCUCAACCGCAACCACGGCCAGGUCAUUGAGCUGCGGCUUCGGACCGACGACUUCACCGGCUACCGCGACUACAAGACGGUGCGCAAGACGCUGUGCCACGAGCUGGCGCACAACGUGCACGGCCCGCACGACAAGCACUUUUGGGCGCUGUACCGGGAACUGGAGCGGGAGGUGGAGCGCGUGGCCGACAGCCGGGGUGGCCGCGCCGGUGGGCGGACGCUGGCGGGCGGCCGCGACGGAGACUACUACGAGCCGCCGACGGCCUCGUCGGACGACGACCAAGAACACGACCACGACCACGUCGAUGCCGGUGGUUUAAUCGGUGGAACCUUUGUACUGGGCGGCGCUGAAUCCAGCGAUCUGGGAACGUCGACGGCGACAACGACCGGACCUGUCGAUGGAAUUGCCGUCCCGCCUGCGAUGGGCGACCGCGAACGGCGUGCGCACGCGGCGGAAGCGCGACUUCGGCGGGGCACCGCAGGCGAGGGCGGUGCUGCCGGCAACGACACGACGAGCAAUGAUGGCUCGGGCCAGUCCGCUCGCCAGUAG